UUUCAUGUGACAGCCACAUGAUUCUCCUCUAUUCUUUUCUAUAAACUGAAAGAGAAGUCGUUGAUGGCGUCAAUGGCGCCACCGCCGCCGUUUUACGGCGUUAUGGGAGGUGCUGAGAACUUCGCUGGCAAUAGCAACAGUAGGACCUUGCAUUCCUCUUCGUCGGACGAGAAUGUUAAACCCAGCAUUAUAGCAAUAGUUUUAAUCCUUUGUAUAACCGUGCUUCUCUCCAUCUUUCUUUAUUUCCUCCUUCGCCACCUCAAUCGCCUCUGCUUUCGCUCAUCCACCUCCAAUAUCACCCCCGCCGCCGCUUCGAGUCACCGUGUCACACCAGAACAAUCGGUGGAGGCUCCGUUCCUGGAUUCUCUUCCUCUGUUUACCUUCUCCGCCAUUACUCGCUGCUCCAACAACGGUUCAACGGCUUCAGCAGAUUGCGCUGUUUGCUUGUCAAAAUUUGAACCGCAGGAUCAACUCAGGCUUCUUCCGCUCUGUUGCCACGCUUUCCACGCUGAUUGCAUCGACGCUUGGCUGACUUCAAAUCAAACGUGUCCUCUCUGUCGCUGCCCACUCUUUGCCUCCGAGUCCGAUAUCCUGAAGGUUAUGCUUCAGUCUUCCAACGCGGCAUGUUCUAAUCGAAGUGGCAGCAGCGAUAGCUUUCGGCUCGAGAUUGGCUCUAUCAGCCACCGCCAAUCUGGCUCCUACUCCGGUGAUCCUAGAAGAAUGUCUUAUUCCAUUGAAUCCUUCGACUACAUCGUGGAGGAAGAAUCACAGUUGAAUAGGAGCCAAACGAACCAAAGAAACAUGUCCGAUAAGGAAGAUAAUGUCGGAGUUGAGGCAUCUUCGGAAGCGAGCCUCGCCGCUGAGGUUGCCACGGGAAGAAGCUGGCUUAAGGAUUACGUCGAUAGGCUCUCGUUUUCGUUAUCAUCUCGUGCCAUGUCAUUUAGAAGCUCAGGAAGGUUAGUCACCGGGAGCAGCCGCCGAAGCGACGUUUCCGGCGCCGGUGGAGAGUACGACGUGGAAGCCAAUCGUAUCGGCGAGGAGAUAAGCGAAAUGUUCCGCUGGUUCUCAGGGGUAUAAUGGUAAAUACGAGUUCUUCCGUACGGACACUGGCAUUUCUAUAUUUUAGGAUUUUGGAUCGAUGAUGCACUUCAUUUCCAAUAGAACAAAUGACAGGGAAAUAAUUGAGAAAUGGAGUGUACAUAGCAAAAACAUUUUAGA